GAGGAGGAGGAGGAGGCGGAUGAGAAUGAGGAGGGGGGCCGGAGACGAAGCCCAACGUCGACGACACAGUAAGCUUCUUGCAUUCUCCAGAACUCCCCCUCUUUCGAUUCUGCCACACACCCUUCGCGUCAAUCAGGAAUUCACUCCUCUCAUCUCGUACACCAUCAAUCCUUGUGUGACCCGAGCGUUUGCUGGAAUAGGCAAAUGCCAACCUUGUCCCCAGAUCAUCACGGACUUCUCCCGAGCCACUGAGGCCCGCUCAAAUCGCCCAUCUUGUACGUCUUGUCCCGGCCUCGCGGUUCAGUUCGAUUAGCGGGUUCCUCUCGUCGCCUUGCGAUUCGGUAACGAAGGCCCUUGAUCCCAUUUUCGAGGUUAAUCGGGAAGGGGUAGGAAGGGUACGCCAUCUGAGCUCGUCCAACGUCGAGCCCUUACUCGUUCGUCUCUCGACAACAGCGGUCCACGGCUUCGCCCGCGAUGCCGUCCGCGAGCAAGGGCGGCGGCAGGACCCGGGAGGAUGGGUUCCUGUUUGUACCUAUCACUCAUCCAAGCGAGAGCAAGGCCUGGAAGAAAAAGGUCAGAUCACACGCCGCGCGAAAUCCAAAGGCCCGUCAGCAGCGGGUGGCCGCUUAUCAGAAGUCAACCACCCCUCCCGGGCAAAGCCUAAUCGAAGAUUCCCCAGCUCGUCCAUCGAUUCAAUCUGUGAGGUUAUGGCUUGUCACAACCCUGAAAAACGGCUCGCGUUCUGGCCACACCCCCCUUCUCGCUGGCAGCCCCAUAUCAAUGCUGGGUGCCGCUAGAACGGAUCCAUUCAAUGCAUUCGUCAGGAGAGUUACUAUCCAGGAGCAAGGGCUUCUCGACCACUUCCUGCGUAGCAUGGCGUUACUAGAGAUGAUCCGCUUGCCAGAGAUGGAAUUGAUGGUGCAAGGCGAAAGAACAGCAUUCUGCAAGAUGAUGACGACCUACUGGGUGCAGUCAGCCCUCGCCGAUCCAGGGAUGCUUUCUUUGGUACUCCUCUGGUCAAUGCGACACCUUGCCACUGUACGAGAAGAGGGCUACAGUGACCCUGUAAUGACGAUGUACAAGAUGGACACGAUACGUCAGCUCAACGCAACAAUAACCAGAGAGGGGAACAACAUCAGUAACCUUACUAUGGCCAAGAGCCUCUGCUUGGCAUCAGACGCUAAUCUGGUUGGAGAACCUGAAGUAGCUGCAAAACACUUGAAGGCCGUGGAGCGCAUGGCUCUUCUAUGCACUGGUGGAACAAACUCAGUUGAAGGAGAAGGGGAUGACUCGCUCAAUGAUCUGCAAAUGUUCUUUAGCGAGAAUGAUCAGUCGCCGGCACACAUGGCACAGGUCAACCUCAGCUUCAAAUCAGAGAAAUCAGAAAGGGCAGGAGGAGUAAACCGGAACAUGGACUAUGUAAUACGUCCAACGAGGAGUCCGACAAGAGCUUCUUAGAUUACUAAUCCCUAAUCUUAACACUCCCGA